GUCGAGCGUCACCAGUGCCAAGCGGAAGCGCUAAGCAAAGUACCGCGGUCAAAUUGAAACCAGAUGCAACAUAACAUUACCAAUCCUGGAUCCUGUCGCAAGUACAAGUUGGAACUUGGAUUUAAUUAAAGCCUGUCGAGCUACAUAACUGAGACUGACAGGUGAUUGGCGAGUGCUGGGCUGCGGAGUUAAUUCUUCUUCUUCUUUCCAUAUCAUACCCGAUGCACAAAACACCCAUAAACCUAUAAAAGACUGGAACUAAUGGACCUCCCAUCCCAAGACCCUUCUGACCCUUCUCAGCUGGACGGAGGUCUUCCAGAGGUUAGUAGCACGCCCUGUUUUAUUGUGUUGGACUCCCAGGCAGAAGGCACUGAAGCCGAAAGAGGUGAAGAAUCAGUUACAGAAGCCAGGGCACGCAGGCUCAAGCAGUUGGAGGAGCUGACCAAGAAUCAACCCACAGAACCAGUCCUGGAAAUGGAAUUUGGUGGAGGCAUCCAGAGAAGUGGAGACAAAGAAGAUGACAAAAAAGAGAGCACCAGGCCGAUGACAAGUGUGGAGGAAAUAGAAGUCAAAGCCCAAACAUCAAAAAAUGAUGAGGCUUCAUCUGAAGAAGAAGAAGAAGAUGAGGAGGAAGAAAAUGAAGUGCCUUCAACACAGGAAGAUCUGUUUGAUGAAGAAAAUAAAUCACCACAUGAGCAAGGGACAGGGGACUUUCAUUCUCCAUCAACAUCAAAGGAUGACUCUCACCUCAAAAGAACUCCAUCAGAAGAAUUGCAUACUACACCAACCCCCAGGGAUGCUUCUCACAUCAUAGGCACACCAUCAGAAGAUGUCAAUACUACACCAAUCUCCAGGGAUGCCUCUCAUAUCAUAGGCACCCCAUCGGAAGAUGUCCAUACCACACCGACCCCCAGGGAUGCCUCUCACAUCAUAGGCACCCCAUCAGAGACUGUGAGCAGCUUACGAUUCUCAGGCAUUGUCCUAGCCAAUGAGACCAGCACGUCGGGGUCAAGUGCCUCCAUCAAUGUGGUGUACCCGUCACCAGAAGCAUACGGUCCUGCACCAAUCAUCAUCCCCAGUACUCCAACAAGACCAGACACCAGCAACGAGGAGCUUAUAGAAUUGAGUGACAAUGAUGAUAUGCCAAGGGCUACCCUUCCAGAGGCACCUCUGAAACGUAAAUCCACCAACACUUCAGACGAGAGUGAAGAUGUCUAUCGAAUCCCGGCCUGGCAGCAGGAGCUCAAUCAACUCCAGAAGAGAAAAGAAGAAGAUGUAAACACCCAGGAUAGUUGGCUUAAAGACAAUUCAGGCUCCAAACGUUCUAUGUCUACUUCAAUCGACUCUACCAAUCCCUCUUCUGAACUAUCAGAGAACCUUCACAAGUCAAGCGCAGAGUUAGAGGAGUCAUUAUCACUACAGCAGCAACAACCACUGAUGGGCUCAACCACAGAUGAGAGUUCAAGACAGUCAGCAAAUUCAAGACCACCAAGUGCAUCAAUAGUUGGCAAUGGAUCAAAGGAUAGAGGAUCACAUAGUGCUCCCUUGUUAGGAGACACGGUUGUCAGAACAGUUUCAAGAGACACAAAGCAGUCUUCAGGAUCAAGUCAAAAGGGGCAGGCUAGCUUACCAGGAGAUGCGGCAUAUGACGCCAAGCAUCCAGUGACCAAGGAACAGUCUGAGGAGCCUCAUACCACAGGUCAAGCAAUGGAUUUUGAGAAAACAUCUGCUGAAAUGAAAACACAGUGUGAUGAUAGAACAAGAUUGAAUGUGAAUGUGCGAAGGCAUGGAGAUGUAGUGCCAGAACCUGACAUAGAAAUUAUUGAUGAUGAUUAUGAGAAGGAGGAGGAGGGUAAUAAGAGGGAUGAUGCGGAAGCGGGAAUGGGUGUCGACCCUUCACAAGACUGGCAUCUGCAACUCUCUCCAUCCCAAACACAAACUCAGACACAGUAUAGCGUUGCUCACAGUCACAGGGAACUUGGUAUUAAAGACGUCAUGUCGGAGAGGGAUCUGUCACAAAUUGAAAGUAAGGCUGUAGAAGAAGAAGACGCACAUGAACGGAAGACGACUCGGCUAAAAGGAGAUGGGACAACAAACGUCUCCAGGCAAGGUACACCUUGGCGUUCUACACAAGCUGAGGAUGUGGAUGAUGAUGAGGUUUCCAUGGUGAUACCAGAAUCAGAGAAACUUGGCGAGAAUAAGGAAGAUGAUGGGAGGGGUAAACAAAAACACUCUGACCCUGAUGGAGGAGAGAAAGCGAUGAAAGAAGGAUCAAGAGGGAAAUUCGGUGAAGGAAUGGAGGAUUCUGUCUUCUUGGAAGGAGAUGCACAAUUGCCUGAUGAAGGAAGGUUAGGAUUGGGACAGCUUGGAGAGUCGGACAACCCUUCACCCAUAGCAGGUUUCCACUUGAGUGUUCCCAAGGAUGGGGCCCUGUUGCGACCUUUAAGUAGCAUGACCCCUCACCUCGGUAAGAAAGGUCAAUGGAGGACAGACGGAACACCUCGUCACAGCACUCCAAUAGCAGAUGAGACAGAGGGGAGCAGUAGCCAGAGAGAAGUCCUCUCCACAGCGGACAAAGAGACACCGAAGACCACUAGCAAGUCUUCGAGUGCACUUGUAGUCAGUGCAGUCAUUGAGAUGGACUCUUCUGAGAGCAGCGAGAUUCCGGCUUUUAAUCUAAGAAAUCCAACUGACUGCAGUGAGUUGCUGAAGGAAGCCAAGGAAAGCCCCAGUAAGAGACAAAAGUCAGUCUUUAGCAGAGUGGUAGAAGCAACCAAAGCCGCUAAGAGUAACACCAGAACCAAGAAACAGACUGCCCCCACCAAGGAUAAGGAUCCAUUCUCAUUGACAAAUCCAAAAACCAAAUUAAUCCUUGGAAAGAAGAGGAAUCAACAGAGUUUACCACAAGGUGAUCAGCCUCAAGGAACCACAAGCCAGGCCAGUAAGGGAAAAAGAGGGAAAGAGAUUGAUAUCGAGGCGGAGCAUGGGGAUGAGAGGGAAGCCCCGGAUGUUGCAGUGGAAGAGGACAACUCUGCGACGAUUCCCCUAGAGUACCAUGGCGAAGACCCAAGGACGGAAUGUCCUGAUGUAGAGGUUUGGGAGGAGAUGACAGAAGAGGAAUCAGAGAUCUUAAAGACCAGGCAAAUAGAAACGCAGCAAUAUGGAGCUACUGAUGAACAAGAAGCUGAAGUUGAGAUGGAAAUCGAGGCAGAAGAAGAAGAGAUUGAAGAAGGAAAGAAAGAAGAUGCGAGGAUAGAAGAAGUGGAAGAGAUACCCUCAAAGGGCCAGCAGCAGAUCUUUGUGUCUCAGGAAAGGAGAAGAGAUCCCUACGAGUUCACAGAGUCACAGUCAAACAAGACUCCUACUCCGAUGAAGACCUGGGCUAGGAAAGAGGACACCGAGCCUAAAGAGAAACUUCCCUCAAAAAAUCUUAGUGAAGUUUCAUCUACCAAACCUACAACUGAGCAGCCAUCAACCAGUGCAGCAGUAACCUUGAAGACUAAGAGAACUCCCAAGGGCAGUCGUCAGAAUCGAGGUGCCAAGAGGAAGCGCCCCCAGGAUCCAGAGACUACAGAAGAAGAAGGGGACAAUGUGGAAAACCCAGCGUUAAAUCGGACCAGAACCUCCCCACGGAAGAAGGCAAGUUCUACUGUUCGUAAAGUCCCCAAGAAGCGAGGGAAGGUCCUAGAGAAACAACAGAACAAAGGCCAAACUGCUAAGGUCUUGACUGAGAAACCUUCUUAUGUCGCAUCGCCAUCCAUGACACAGAGGAUAGUACAGGAUCCCGUGCCAGUGGCUGCGGAGAGAAGAUUACAGGCUAGCCCAGCUUCCCUGGAACUCAGACAGAUUCCAGGCCACUCACCUCCUACAAGACAACCUCCUCCUUGGAAGAUUGUUCGCUAUAAGAAAGUUAACAUCACUCAGAGAAUCAAGGAGGUGAUUGAGUGGGGCGAAAUAGUAGAGACUACUGUUCUUGAACAGGUAGUAAAUGAAGAAAUCAUUGAAAAGCUAGAGCAAGAUUUCAUGACCCCAUCUCCACGUUCCAAGACAAGUUCUCUAACCUCUGGUUCCUUGGCUGAUAUCAGCUCCUUGGGCUCCAGGACGUCUUCAAGCGUUGCAGGGAGCCUCCAAAAGAGCUCCAGUGUCCUCAGCACCGGGAUCCAGAAGAGUAUCAGUCUCUCAAGUAUCUCUGAAGGAAACAGUUCUCUGGACAAGACGAUCAGCCUUCCAGGAUCAGAGAAGACCUCACCUAAUGUUUCUGGACAGGAACAGUCUUCAUCUGGAAGGCAGCUAAUGUCUCCUGGUGGUGUUGUCCCACAGCGGAUUCCUUCAAGGGGGACAAGGGCUUCACCUGGUGUGUCAAGGAACCAGGAUUCAUCCAGAGUGUCCCCCAUGGACACUCAACGUAGAUCCUUUACAGGUGGGACUGAGCCUCCAACAGGCAUCUCUGAACAGACUAGCAGGACCGGUCAGGUUAGGUCUUCGGAUGUAAGUCCUUCUGCAUUGAUGCUUUCUAGAAGAAUGUCUUCCAAGGGCAGCAAAAGUUCAUCAGAUGCAGAGGCUAGGAUGGUCCCUGAUGGAAAGGAUGCUCAAUUUGUCAAACCGAAGAGAACACCUAGUAGAAGAAGAGUCUCAAGGACUCCGGAACAAGCUGAGCAAAGCACUCACGAGCAACCAUCGAAUGUCCGAAUGGAUCCACCUCCUGAACUUAACCUUAGUGAAGGUUGGAACGUUGAACAAGGGCAGCAAUCGUCAGAGGAGUCGGAAGGAAUACCCUGUGCGCAGCCAAGGACUGAAAUGGAAAGGAUUUCCAGCGAUGAGACAGUAGAGAAGAGUGAUGCAGAUGUGGGAAAACAGACUACCACCACUACAGGAGAGAGUUUAGAAGAGAAAGUGGAUGAUCCUGAGCCGUCCACCAGCAAUCAAGAGGGAUCAUCGACAAGACCAACAAGAGGCAAAAGGAGAAGCAAAACACAGAUAACAACCCCUACGAGGUCGUCCUUGGAAGAUACUAUUAUUGUACAAGAUGAAGAUGGAGACCAGGAUGUAAUCCUUUCCGAACCUCCCCAGGAGUCCAUGCAACAACCGAGUGCAGGGAGUGCUUCAAGCACCACAACAGAUUCUGCUCAAGCUUUCCUGGUACCUGGUGUUAGAGUCUUUACUCGUUGGAUGGAUGGCUUCUAUUACCCUGGUACCAUCAAGAAAGAAGAGAAAAAUAACAGACUCAAGAUUGCCUUUGAUGACGGUGAUAUGCGAAGCGUGAAUAGUAAGGACGUUAUCAUCAAGGAUUGGUUAUCAACGGGGCAGAGCGUCAUGGCCGAAUCAGCCGAAGAUGGAUACAACUAUCCAGGCAUUGUGAUUGGCUAUUUUAGAGGUUCCAAUCCGAAGGAUGCUGGCUAUUUUGUAGAGACAGACAAUGGACAAACAACAAGAUAUCCCAGACGGAAGGUCAUCUUGUCUAAAGAUCAGGCGAAUCUCUUGCUCACAUCCUGCCCUAGCAGCAGCAGCACAGGAAUCUCGGACAUCAGUCUUGAAAACUUGAUUUCUGGUACUCGUCAGAGGAGCAGACUCCGGGCUCCUGAUGGAGGUGGAGUAGUGAGAACCCCCAGUAAGGUACUAGGUCGAACUCCUAGGCAUGACCCUUCUCCUGCUGUUACCAGGUCGGGAGGAAAGAGGAAAGCUACUGCUGAGAAGCAACCCGCUGAGGGUGGUGAUGUCUCGCCUCGCAAGAAGGCAAAACAGCUUGCUAAAAGGCUACUCACAACUGUUACAGCGAGUCCUGAUCUUGGUAAGCAAGGGAUUGGCAUCCGACGAUCACCUCGUAAGCAGCCCCCUUCCACGUCAUCAACCCCAGGCAGCCCUGCAAGGGGUCUCUUUCCAGCUACCAGGGGUGGCCCUCCCUCCACCCCUAGGACCAUGGAGAUGUUGCUAGGACCGUUGCCAAAGAACAAGACAUUGUUCAAGGGCAUGGCUUUCUUUCUGACCCAGGGAGAGGUCAAGAAGAGGGCAAAGGUCGAUACAAGUACCAGUGAGAGUGAGCUGGAGGAUGAUGCUGAUGAAGCUCCCUUUGACAAAGAUCAUGCCAGGAAACAGAUAGAAGCAGGAGGAGGAGUGGUCCUCAAAGACUUUGACAAAUCACAGAAGACACAGUACAAGCUAUCCCUGGUAGCCAAUACCUACUGCCGAACAAAAAAGUACUUCCUGGCCCUGGCUUUCAACAUUCCUUGUGUCUCUAACCUAUGGAUCAGAGAUUGCUCACGAACGGGUAAACUUCAGAGCCACAAAGCAUACCUGUUACCUGCAGGUGAAUCCGUCAAUGGUAAUAUCAUGGAAUGGAAACCCAACCGACGUAUCCUAUCUGGUCUGAAGAUAAUGGUCAUCUCCAGUCAUAUUCAAGUAGAGAACACCUGGCGAUCUAUUCUCAUGGUGGCUGGUUGUCAUAUAGUCGCUAGAUUCCCAACUACCAAUGAACUUAACAGGGGAGGUAUUCCCUUUGACUGUAGCGUGAUGGUGACUGAUCCAUCUUGCCCUCGUCACAUCCUCCACCGAGCCCAGCAGUUAGACAUACCGGUAGUAUCGGUGGAAUGGGUGAUGCAAUCCCUCAUCAAUGGUGUCAGGAUGCCAUAUGAUUCUCAUGAUAAGUUCAUCUGGGAUUACAAAGAGAAACUGAAGUAAUUUUCAAUCAUUUUCAGUGAUAUUUAUUAACCCUGUCUAGCUAUAACCUAGCAAUGGAAUCAGGAUGACAAACAAAGUUCUCCCCACGCUUCGGUUUCACGUAUGUUGCACGCACAUGAUUGCUGCAGUCGCGUUGUCCGUAGUCGGGCCUGAGUCGGGCCACGGGAAAGACAUGUAGUGUCGUCAGGCUACACUCUCUUUAACCUAGCGAUGGAAUCAGGAUGACAAAUGAUUUCAUACAGGUCCAUAUUCUCUCAAAAUAACAAAGAGGAAUUCCUGACUGUCAUCGUGUAUAAUUGCAAAGUCUUUGGACUAACUAUUGACAUUGAAUUUGAUUGUUUCUAUUAUGACUAUAUAACAAAAUCAACUUUUGAAAUUUUGAUACAAAAAUGUAUAUGAGCUGCAGAUGAAAAGUGAAAAAUUGUAAUUGAAAAGUAUGGAUUGGAUUUUAGAACAUUGUUUCCAAUAAUUGCAAUAUCCUCUGUAGCAUCAUAUGUCUCUCUUCUCUUCGAAGGAAUUUUUGUCUUCUUACCUAUAUAGCUUUACUGUUUAAGGUAUAUGUAAAUACGGCUGUCCUUGAGUAAAAAGGGCACUCUGCUGUAAUAUAUCAUGGGGAUGAAAUCUAAUGCAAGAAGCACGAGCGAGACGUUUGAAUUUUAGGAAAUGGAUGAUGAUGAUGUACACAUAUUCUUACGUGAUUGCUGAGAGAGCAAAUGUAUGCUUGUUGGUGAACAACCAGUGAAGUGAAUGGAGUCAUGACUUUAUAUUGUAUCCAAGAAAGAAACUUGAUAAUUGAGCAUGAA